AUGUCUCCAAUUACAUUGAAGAGCCUGUUACUCUUGCCAGUGUUGACAAGUCUCUUUUCUGAAACCCUUUCAUCACCGGCUCCCUUUCCCAACCAAUAUGUCGAACACGCUUUGAAGAAGAGACAAAGUCUCAACAUCGUAGCAACAACCAACACCCAUGCAAACACCAUUGACUGGAUCGGAUGGAUCCCAAUCGGGUCCCAAGGUAAACUUGCCAAGGCACCUCCGCUGUCUCCUGCUCUUCCCCAAGACCCAACCAAAAUGGCUGGCAGGCCUGUCGCAGAACUCGAGAUGCCCGGCGUUCAGAAGGGACCUGCAGGGACCGUUCCAAUUCCACGACUGAACACCACUUAUCUGGCGAAUGUUCGCCAGAAACAAGCGCCACCAAAGAAGUCAGGCGUUUCAAAGAGACAGAACUCAGGUAGUCAUUGGUAUGUGAACUCGAAUAUGAAUGUCAACAACCACGGUGGAAAUUGGGUGAUGAGCAUGUUUAAGGCCUUCGUCAACAAUGGGGCCGAUUUCUCGCUUCUGCAGGCAGCUGUCGCGUAUCAGUCUUCGGCAGGAUUACAAACUGCGGAAGCUGGAUGGAUCAACUAUCGAAACCAGGUUUCGCAGCCUCACAUCUUCACGUAUUUCACCACAGACGGCUAUACUGGCUCCGGAACUAAUAUUGGUGGGUGGAAUCAAGACGUUGGUGGCUGGGUCCAAGUCGACAGUACAUACUUCCCUGGCACUGGUUUCUCCUCAAUCGCGACCAUCGGUGGCGCCCAAUAUGACAUGACGAUGCAAUGGCAGCUGUACCAAGGCAAUUGGUGGCUCUUGGUAAUCGACAGAUUCAUCGGAUAUUAUCCUGGCACUAUGUUCAGUGCUGCCACAAAUGGCGGUGCAUCUCUUGCGCAGCAAUCCAACCUAAUCGCCUACUACGGCGAGCUUGCUCAAAGCGAGGGGCCUGUCACAACCACUGAUAUGGGAAGUGGAAAGUUUGGGGAAACAGGCUUUGGAAACUCAGGGUACAUUCACAACAUGUUCUACAUCGACACCAACGGCAAUAGCCAAGACUACACUGCCACAUUUGGCGACUCUGAUUCGUCCAAAUGGGAUCAUAGAGCUUUUACCUCUAGUGGUACUAGCUGGGGGUCAUAUGUUUAUCUUGGUGGACCUGGUGCUGGCGGUGUUACCGGUGGAUAAACUAUCACGGAGGUUUCGGAGUCCAAAAGUCCAAAGAGAGUGGAAGGACUGGAAGGUGACGGCCGUCAGUCGCUACUUGCAAAAUAGAAAGAGGAAAAAGUAAAUUCCCUUGUGACUAUAUUUAGCUGCUUGAAUGGGAC